AUGUAUGUGGUUCAUUUUCCUUCAGUGUAUCAAAAAGACACCAUGGAAUCAGGGAACCACACAUUGGUGUCAGAAUUUGUCUUCCUGGGUCUCUCAAAGACUUGGGAGCUCCAGCUUUUCCUGUUCCUGGUGUUUCUGUUUGUCUAUACCACCACUGUUUUGGGAAAUCUCCUCAUCGUGGUCACAGUGACCUCAGACUCACAGCUUCGCACUCCCAUGUACUUUCUGCUUCGAAAUCUGGCUGUCUUAGACCUCUGUUUCUCCUCAGUCACUGCCCCAAAGAUGCUGGUGGACCUCCUCUCUGAGAAGAAGACCAUCUCCUACCAGGGCUGCAUGGCCCAGAUUUUCUUCUUCCACUUUCUGGGAGGUGCCAUGGUCUUCUUCCUUUUGGUGAUGGCCUAUGACCGCCUUGUUGCCAUCUCCCGGCCUCUCCACUAUGUCACCAUCAUGAGCACUCAGCUCUGUGUGGGGCUGGUAGUGACAGUGUGGAUGGUAGGUUUCGUCCACUCCAUUACCCAGCUGGUUCUGAUGCUCCCGCUGCCUUUCUGCGGCCCCAAUGUCCUGGAUAACUUCUACUGUGAUGUCCCACAGGUGCUGAGACUUGCCUGUACUGACACCUCCAUCUUAGAGCUCCUCAUGAUCUGCAACAGUGGGUUGCUGGAUGUCAUCUUGUUCUUUCUCCUCCUGACCUCCUACUUGGUCAUCCUGGUGAUGCUGAGGUCCCACUCAGGACAGGCAAGGAAGAAGGCAGCUUCCACCUGCACCACCCACAUCAUUGUGGUGUCUAUGGUCUUCAUUCCAAGUAUUUACCUCUAUGCCCGGCCGUUCACCACCUUCUCCAUGGACAAGGCUGUGUCCAUCAGCCACACAGUCAUGACCCCCAUGCUCAACCCCAUGAUUUAUACCUUGAGGAACCAGGAGAUGCAGGCAGCAGUGAAGAGAUUAGGGAGACACUGA